GGCAGUGGCAAGAUGGCGUCCUUAGAUCGGGUGAAGGUGCUGGUGUUGGGAGACUCAGGUGUUGGGAAAUCUUCACUAGUCCAUCUUCUAUGCCAAAAUCAAGUGCUGGGAAAUCCAUCAUGGACUGUGGGCUGCUCAGUGGAUGUUAGAAUUCAUGACUACAAAGAAGGAACUCCAGAAGAGAAGACCUGCUAUAUAGAAUUAUGGGAUGUUGGAGGCUCUGUGGGCAGUGCCAGCAGUGUGAAAAGCACAAGAGCAGUAUUCUACAACUCUGUAAAUGGUAUUAUUUUAGUACACGACUUAACAAAUAAGAAGUCAUCCCAAAACUUGUAUCGAUGGUCAUUGGAAGCUCUCAACAGGGAUUUGGUGCCAACAGGAGUCUUGGUGACAAAUGGGGAUUAUGAUCGGGAACAGUUUGCUGAUAACCAGAUCCCACUGUUGGUAAUAGGGACUAAACUGGACCAGAUUCAUGAUACCAAGCGCCAUGAAGUUUUAACUAGGACUGCUUUCCUGGCUGAGGAUUUCAAUGCAGAAGAGAUUAAUUUGGAUUGCACAAAUCCACGGUACUUAGCUGCAGGUUCUUCCAAUGCUGUCAAGCUCAGUAGGUUUUUUGAUAAGGUCAUAGAGAAGAGAUACUUUUUAAGAGAUGGUAAUCAGAUUCCAGGCUUUCCUGAUCGAAAAAGGUUUGGGGGAGGAACAUUAAAGAGCCUUCAUUAUGACUGACUUACACUCAUCCUUUGGAAGAAUGAGCAAACACUGGCAGUUUUUCACAGCUUUCUUCUUGCCGUGUCAAUUAUUAAUGUCUCAGCCAUGUAACGAAAUCAUCUUAAAAUGCUACCCUUCAGCCUCACCCUUUAAUGGGAAAAUGAAAGGAAAUGACAACGUGGGAGGUCCAGACUUUGUACCCGUUCUCUCUGUUCCUCACCUUUCUGUCCCUGUUUAAGAUUAUGUAAAAGCCUUGUGGAAAUAGGAGUUGUCAAAAUGAUGCAGUAAAUGAGCAGUGACAGAGGACUGCAGAGAAAAUUUACUCUUGCCUAGAACUGGAGGGUAUUUAUGGGUCUGUAAUUUUCCCACACUCAUUGCUGAAGGCUUAAUUAAGUACCUAAGAAAUGUAUCCCUAUUGUUUCAUCUAAUAGAGGGGAAAGGUUAUGUUAACCAGUCCUGAGUUGUUCACCCCAAAUAAACUCUGUCAUUUUCAAAGAAGCAAAAAGGUAUUAUUUAAUCGUCUCUACCCUCCUCACACACCAGGAUGCCUAAUAAUAGCAACCCUUGUCUCCCUGUCCUCUCCUUUGCAAAUGGCCCAGUGGCUGGAA